CGGAGCGGAGCCGCCAUGCUGCUGAAGGCGGUGAUCCUCAUCGGGGGCCCUCAGAAGGGGACCCGGUUCCGGCCGCUGUCCUUCGAGGUGCCCAAACCGCUCUUCCCCGUGGCCGGCGUGCCCAUGGUGCAGCACCACAUCGAGGCCUGCGCCAAGGUACCCGGCGUGAAGGAGAUCCUGCUGAUGGGCUUCUACCAGCCCCACGAAGCCCUCAGCCGCUUCCUGGUGUCGGCACAGCAGGAAUUCAAGAUCCCCAUCAGGUAUCUCCAGGAGUAUGCAGCGCUGGGCACGGGUGGUGGCAUCUAUCACUUCCGAGACCAGAUCCUGUCGGGUGGUGCUGAGGCCUUCUUUGUCCUCAACGCGGACGUGUGCUCAGAGUUCCCCUUGCAGGAGAUGCUGGAGUUCUGGCAGCAGCAUGGGGAUGCGCAUAGCUUUGUCAUUCUGGGUACCACAGCCAACAGGACGCAGGCACUGAAUUACGGCUGUAUCGUGGCAAAUGCGGACACGCAGGAGGUCCAGCACUAUGUGGAGAAGCCCAGCACGUUUGUCAGUGAGAUCAUUAACUGUGGCAUCUACCUGUUCACACCUGCCAUCUUCCAGCACAUCGGUGAGGUCUUCCAGAGGAACCAGCAGGAGCUAGUGCUAGAGGAGAGCUCCAAUGGCUGGCAGCGUGCAGAAGUGAUCCGGCUAGAGCAGGACGUUUUCACAGCACUGGCUGGGAGCAGCAAACUCUAUGUCUACAAAACUGAUGGAUUCUGGAGUCAGAUCAAAUCAGCAGGCUCUGCUAUCUAUGCCAGCCGCCUUUACCUGAACCAGUACAGCAAAAGCCACCCUGAGAGGCUGGCCCAGAACAAGCCUGGAGGCCCUGUCAUCCGAGGGAAUGUGUACAUCCACCCAACAGCCUCCAUCGACAGCACUGCGGUGCUGGGCCCCAAUGUCUCCAUUGGGGAGGGUGUGACAGUGGGAGCUGGUGUGCGCGUGCGAGAGUCCAUUGUCCUGCAUGGUGCCUCGCUCCAUGACCACACCUGUGUCCUCAAUACUAUCGUGGGCUGGGACAGCACCAUCGGUCGCUGGGCCCGGGUGGAAGGAACACCCAGUGACCCCAACCCUAACGAUCCCUAUGCCAAGAUUGACAGCGAGAGCCUCUUCCGGGACGGGCGCCUCACGCCAUCUAUCACAAUCCUGGGCUGCAGUGUCACCAUCCCUGCUGAGGUUGUUAUUCUCAACUCUAUUGUCCUUCCUCACAAGGAGCUGAGCCGUAGCUACAAGAACCAGAUUAUCCUCUGAGUCAGCUGCUUGCUGUGUUGGGGGUGGGGGCUCGUGCCAGCCCUCCACUCCCUGCUGUGCCUCACAGCAAGAGCCUGUGCUGGUGCUCUACCUUCUGGGAGGUUUCCAUCACCCACAGGGGUAGGUGCAGGCUAGGAGCCCUGCAGGUGCCUGACUCCUACCCCAGACAGACAUUAAAGCUGGUGAGCAUCAGCCUUGGGUGCUGCUUCUCUUGCAGCUCAGCAACCAGCCCUGGGGCAGGGUAAAGGCUUUGGGGGCAUGCUUGUGCCGAGAGCCCUGGGCUGAAGCUGUUGAGGGAGCACUUGCUGCCUGUACCAUCUCAGGUUCUGAGCUUUGGGUGUUUCUCCACCAAAGGGCGCUGCCAGCACAGUCUUGCCACCCCACCCCCCACCCCAAGCUCGCCCUGCUCUGCAAAAGUUGCUGUCUGCAACUCACUGGAGGGUCUUGGCCCAUCUCAGAGGCUGGGGAAGCUUUGAAUGUGCCUGUCCUGUAUAUAGGCAGCCCACCCUGCAGGAGCUGAUUGUGAGGAUCGCAAUUUCAGCAGUGUGAUUGCAACACCCUGAGCUGGGCUCCUGCCUACCACUAGGAAAACAGGGCAGUACCAGGCUCUCCUGAAGGCACUGGCACACAAGGGCUGGGUUGGACAGGCAGGCUUCUGGCCCUGGAGGGAGCUGCAAAAGCACCCCUUCCCCCAGCACCACCUUUGUCCCCAGGGGCCUGGUAUGAGCCAGGAGAGCUGCCAGCCCUGGCAAGCCUGCUCCCGCCAGGCUGAGACCUGCACAGAGUGCCUAGGCAGGGCUCACAGUGAGGGCAGUGGGCCCCUGCUGCCCUGGUGGGCCAACAGCCUCCUCUGCACAGGCAUGGCUGUAGCUUGGGGGGCUUGCUGCAUGUCUCUCCUUGCAGCAGCCAUGUCUACAGGGCACCAGAGCCAUCCACUUACAUGUGCGCAGGUGGCAGAUCUACCACCUUGUAUCUCAAAACCAGCUGUUUUUAUGGAAGACAGCUCCCCAAUCCUGGCACACUCUGUCUAUGGUAACCAACACUGCCCUUUAUCCACUUACCUCCCUGUCCUCUCUGGUUUUGGAGGGUCUGUGCUAAAGCCCUACACUCUGCCAAGGGCCUCAUCAUGCAUCAGCUUUAGUGAGGUGCUGCAUUAGGGGUUCUCCAUCCAUCCAGUACCACACCCCAAUUUGAUGGUGUACCUUCCUGUGCCAGUUCUCCUGUUGUCCUGGGUGGGGAUUAGCUGUUCCCUGGCUUUGAGUGUAUUAAACUCCUUCAGUUUUGCCUCUG